AUGCAUUUCCCCAGCCUAACCGCCAUCCUCGCCGGCUUGAUCACCACUGUGACUGCCGACGGCAUGUCCGUCUACUCCAAAUGCCCUCCCGGCUCAGGGAUCAACUGCCCGGAGCGCGUGGGCCUCUGGUAUACCGACUUUGGACUGCACAGGAUUGAUGCCAGGGGAGGGUGCUUAUACAACGACGUUACUGGAGUGCCGGGGAUUUAUGAGCUUUGCAUUGACUGGGCGGGUGGCCGCGGUCAUUUUCUUGCUAGCAACCAGCCGAAGAGGUGUAUCAAACAGCGGGGCGCGCGAGGUAUGCAGUUUCUCUCUUCUUCCACUUAUCCCGUGUGA